AUGAAACAAAGAAAGAAUACAUUUCAAUUUGUAAACAGGAGUCAUAGUAGUAACAGUGAUAGCAAUAAUAAUAAUAACAAUGAGGAGGAUGAUGCAACCUUGGAUAAGAAUCAUGAAGUAAUAGAUAUAGAUUUAGAGGAAACCAUUAACAAUAAUACCAAACAUGUUACUAAAAGAAGAAAGAAUAGUAAUAAUAGUGUAGACUCAACGACUGAUAAUAACAUCAAUCAUAAUAAAACAAAAGACAUCGAUCAACAAAGAAAGAGAUCAUCAGCAUCACAAUUUAAUAAUAAUAACAAGAGAUUUCACGAUGAAGAUGCAGAAGAUGAUGAUCAUGUUGAAGAAGAAAAGAAAAGCAGAGCAAUAUACACAGAGAAUGAUUUAAAGAGUAAACUUAAAAAAGAUUUACUUUUAAUUUGUCAAGAGUUGGGUGUCGAUGCACCAAAUAAUCAAACCAAAGAUGUGAUCAUUGGAAGGAUUAUCAAGACUCAAAAAGAUCGAUUAACAUUCAAAGAGAAAAUGGUUGACAAUAAUCCUUUAUGUGACUUUAACAAGGGAUCACUCGAAUAUUCAUUACCGUGGCCAAUCAUCAGUAGAAUACUCGAUCAAGUUUGGACUGAAUCUUCUAUUUGUACUUGUUACUUUAGUGAUAGAUUCACGAGUACUCUACAACUGCCACAAGGACAUAUUGUGCGAUCGCAACAAUCCCAACAACAUUUAGGCGCCUUUGAUUACUAUCAAAUGUGGCCAGUCUUUCAACCAAUGUUGGACGAGUACAAAGAAUCAAGAAUGAAAUGUCCAAUGCACGCAUACCACUAUUUGAAUGGUGUGGAGCCAUUAAUCAACAUAUAUACACCAUUCAUUGCCUAUUCUCGCAAUGACUCCAACAAAUGGAGAUACCAACUACUUGGUAUUUCAAAAAGAGUCAACCAAUUUCUGUCAUCCAAAAACUUUGCCAAUGUUCGACUUGGAUUCACUCCAGACACAUGGAAUCACCUCAACAAUCAAUAUUGCCCAAUUAAAGCACCAAAACAACUUAAAUUGACUAAAAGCCUGACCGAAGAUGUAUUUGCCAACCAGAACACAUCGAUGUUAUCCCAUGUUGAAAAGAUCUCUUUCCAAAAUAUCCUUAUCAUACCCCAACCUCAGUAUUUCAAGUUUAUAAUCCGUCAAUUUAAGAAUAUCAAAUCACUCACAAUACCAAACUAUAGAAUGAAACUAUCAUUCGUGUCUAAAUUCAAGAAUCUCACAUCACUCAAUUUAAAAUGUUCAUCUGAAAAUACAAAUAGACAAGAAUUAUUGGAUCUUAUUCAACUAGGGAUGGUUAAACUAUUACUUCCAAACCUUUGGUGUGUUGAACCAAUCUCACUCAAAACUGAACUAGCCAACACAAUUCAAGUGAGCAACAUUCAUCCACCAAAUCAAAUGCCAAACUUGCACACAUUUCACAUCCCCUCUUCAGAAUACAACAUGUCAUCGUUUAAUCAUCCAAAUGUGACCAAACUAGUUAAAUGCGAUCACAAACCAUCAAUAGAACUUAUUGUUCCACCGAACAUUUCAAUUUUAAAACUCACUACAACCCAAAAUUCUUUGAAUCCCAAUUCUAUUCAAACCAAUAUUUUUAAUGGAUUGAAUGUGGAUCAACUCAUUAUCACCACCCACCAAGAAAUAACAGAUAAAACGAUAAAUUCAUUUAAAAGACUUGGAUAUGAAUAUCAUGGAGCUAGAUUCAAAGGAUCAACAUCAUCAAAAAGAAAUCUUCAAUUUAUUAAAACAACAACAACACCAGAUAUAACAAUCAUUAAACCACCACUUGAAGAAGUCGAGAAUUUAUGUAAAAUAACAAUUGCCAACAACCCAACACUUCCCUACUAUUUAAUCGAAAAGAUAGUCAGAUACUCUUGGAAUAGUUAUUAUUGUACAUGUGAGAUGGCAAAUGAGACAAUAGGGGAUAUAACUUUUGCAGAUUAUAUCAAACAAUCUCAAGAGUUUAUCAAAGUCAAAUAA